AUGGCAGACAGCCAAUCCGCAGAAGAUUUCUUCAGUGUCGCCGAACAGCUCCUCGACCGAGGCAUUGCCGCUCUCAAAGCGCUGAUCCCCAUCAUCUGGCUGCAGAGCAAGACGACGCCCAUCCAGUUCCUCGUCGGUGGCACCGUGGUGCUGCUCGUUUCGCUACUGCUCGGCAUCUCACCACCGCAGGACCCGGCCGAGCCGCCACUGAUCAAGCCGCGCAUCCCCGUCGUCGGGCACUUCUGGGGCCUGUUCCGGGGCCACGCGGCCUACUUCACGCGGCUAUACGACCGCACGAAGCUGCCCAUCGCCACGGUGACGGUGGGGCACCAGAAGCUGUACGUCAUCUACGACGGCGCGCUGCAGCAGGCGGCGCUGCGGGCCAAGGACAUGGACGCGCAGACGCUGAUGGUCGACGCCGUCGCGCUCAUCUUCGGCGUGCACCAGACCACCGUCGACACACUGCUCGGCCGCGACGGCGUGCACCCCAGCAUCAUGGCGCCUAUGGAGCACGUCUUCAAGCUCACGCUGCAGGGCGAAAACAUGAGCCGCCUCGCGCGCACCGCCCUGGGCGCCCUUGCUGACACCCUCAAUAGCGUCGACAACGCCGCCGGCGGCAUCCCCGUGCCCAACCUCUACCGCUGGCUGCAGACUCUCGUCAGCCAGACCACCUCCAAGGCCCUGUGGGGCGAGCACAACCCGUACCAGAAUGGGAGCUUGAUCAGCGCGCAGUGGGAAUUCGACGACAACGUCAGCCCGGUCAUGAUGCUCGGCAUAUUCCCAAGCCUGCUAGCGCGCAAAGCCCACCGAGCAAGGGUACGGAUCGCCGCGGCGCUGGAGCGGUACUUUUCGGCGCGGCACGACAGCGACAGCGACAGCGGCGCGAGCGCGUUCGUGCGCGAGCGGUCGCGGCUGCUGCGCAGCUACGGCGUCGACGACGGCGAGCUGGCGCGCAACGAGACGGCCAUCACGCUGGUUGCUACCAGCAACGCCGUGUCGACGCUGUUCUGGUGCCUCGCCGAGGUGUUUGCGCGCCCGGAUUUGCUGCGCGAUGUGCGCGCCGAGGCUGCGAGGGCUGUUAUUGUUACAGAGAGUGGCAGGGAUAGCCAAGAGACGGCGGGCAAGGGGCAGUGGCAGCGCGCCACGGUGCCGGCGGUCGGGCUCGAGGCGCGCGUGCCACUGCUGGCCAGCGCGUACCGCGACGCGAUACGGCUGGCGAGCCAGAGCGUAGCGUCGCGGCGGGUACUGCGCGACACGGUGAUCUUGGGCGGCGGCGGCGGCGGGCCCUCGUACCUGCUCAAGGCGGGCACCGACGUGUUCCUGCCGGCGAAGCAGGUGCACCGCGACCGGGCCGUGUGGGGCGACGACGCCGAGGCGUUCAACGCGCGGCGUUUUCUGUCACGCGCCCAGGGCGGCGACGCGUCCGACGACACGCUGCGCCUUCGCAAGGCCGCGUUCGUGCCCUUUGGCGGCGGCAAGCACCUGUGUCCCGGCCGCCACUUCGCCUUUGUCGAGAACCUGGCCACCAUGACUGCCCUGGCGCUUGGGUUCGAGCUCGACGGGCUUGACGCGGUGCGGCUGGACAUGGCCGAGUCCAAGCGCGGCGAGACGGCCAAGCCGGUGCCUGGCAUGGCUGGGGGGCCUGUGGUGCUGCGCCGGCGGAAGGGCUGGGAGCAUGUUGUUUGGGAGUUUUCUUGCUGA